AUGUCUGUCAAUAACUCAAUCUCAAUCGCACGACGUCAGCUCCACUCCUGUGCUGUCAGAAAUUCCCACAUCGGUAAAGUCCCAAUAGCUGUACCACCCUCGGUAACCCUUUCGAUACCCUCUACUCCCAACCUUCCCAACGUCUCUUCAUCUUCCACUUCGGCUCAGAGGGUGUUCUCCGUCACAGGUCCGCUUGGAUCCGCUUCGAUCCCUAUCUCUCCCUCAGUAGUCCUAACCCCUCCUUCAUCAUCCUCACCUUCCAUAACCGUCUCAGUACGCGAUCCUACCGUCAAAACGCAACGUAGUAUUUGGGGUUUGACACGAACACUCAUCAACAAUGCGGUCACUGGCGUAUCCACCGGUUUCAAUUUAGAAGUCAGACUAGUAGGUGUAGGUUAUCGAGCUGCUAUAGAGCCGAUACCCCCAGUAUUCCUAGAAUUAGCCAAACAACGUAAUCCUCAGUCUGCCGAUUCGCUUCCUCGUGAAAGGUUGAAUAUUAAACUCGGUUUCGCUCAUCCCGUUCUCAUCGACAUCCCAUCUGACAUCAAGGCUACCGUUCCUGCACCAACGAAGAUCGUUCUCAGCGGUACCGACAAGCAGAAAUUAGGUCAAUUCGCGGCAACAAUCAGGCAAUGGAGAAAGCCUGAACCAUAUAGAGGCAAGGGUAUAUUUGUUGGUGACGAGACUAUCAAACUCAAGGAGAUCAAGAAGAAGUAG